UACCGAGAGAAACAAAAACCCUAAUCUAGAGGGGAAGAUUUAAGAGCAAGUCAAGCUUGGGUUUGAUUCAUCUCAAUUUGGGAGAGAAGUACAGAAGUGCAGAGGAGUAGUGUCGAUUUUCUUGACUUUGAUUUGGUGGAGAGAGGAGCGGUAAAGGAAAAAAGGAGUCAAGAUGAGGAUUAUGAUAAAGGGAGGUGUGUGGAAGAACACGGAGGAUGAGAUUUUGAAGGCUGCGGUUAUGAAAUAUGGCAAAAAUCAGUGGGCUCGAAUCUCUUCCCUACUUGUUCGCAAGUCGGCCAAGCAGUGCAAGGCUCGCUGGUACGAGUGGCUUGACCCCUCCAUUAAGAAGACCGAGUGGACGAGAGAGGAGGAUGAGAAACUUCUUCAUCUUGCCAAGCUCAUGCCUACACAGUGGAGGACAAUAGCACCAAUUGUUGGCCGUACUCCAUCACAGUGUCUUGAAAGGUAUGAGAAACUCCUUGAUGCGGCCUGUGCAAAAGAUGAGAACUAUGAGCCGGGUGAUGACCCAAGGAAAUUGCGCCCUGGAGAGAUUGACCCUAACCCUGAGUCAAAACCUGCACGUCCAGAUCCAGUUGAUAUGGAUGAGGAUGAGAAAGAAAUGCUUUCUGAAGCUCGAGCUCGAUUAGCCAACACUAGGGGGAAGAAGGCAAAGAGGAAAGCUAGGGAGAAGCAGCUUGAGGAGGCCAGGAGGCUUGCUUCUUUGCAGAAAAGAAGAGAACUUAAGGCUGCUGGAAUUGACACUAGGCAACGCAAGAGGAAAAGGAGGGGAAUUGAUUACAAUGCAGAAAUCCCAUUUGAGAAGAGGCCUCCCCCCGGCUUCUUUGAUGUUACCAAUGAGGAUAGGCCUGUGGAGCAGGUCAAGUUCCCAACUACUAUUGAAGAGCUUGAAGGAAAAAGAAGAGUUGAUAUAGAGACCCAGCUGAGAAAGCAGGACAUUGCAAAGAAUAAAAUAGCUCAGAGGCAGGAUGCUCCGUCAGCUAUAUUGCAGGCCAACAAGAUGAAUGAUCCGGAAACAGUCAGGAGGAGAUCAAGGCUUAUGCUUCCAGCACCUCAGAUUUCUGAUCAUGAACUGGAAGAGAUUGCAAAGAUGGGCUAUGCUAGUGAUCUUCUUGCGGGGAGUGAGGAACUAACCGAAGGCAGUGGUGCAACACGUGCUCUUCUUGCAAAUUAUUCUCAGACGCCAAGGCAGGGGAUGACACCAUUACGAACCCCACAAAGAACACCUGCCAGUAAGGGUGAUGCUAUUAUGAUGGAAGCUGAAAAUCUUGCCAGGUUGAGAGAGUCUCAAACACCAUUGUUAGGAGGAGAUAAUCCAGAGUUGCACCCUUCAGAUUUUUCAGGGGUUACUCCUAAGAAAAGAGAGAUCCACACACCAAACCCAAUGCUCACUCCUUCAAUGACUCCUGGAGUUGCUGGUCAAACCCCUAGAAUCAGCAUGACACCAUCAAGAGAUGGCUAUUCUUUUGGAAUGACACCAAAAGGAACUCCAAUUAGGGAUGAGCUCCACAUAAACGAAGAUUUGGAUAUGCAGGACAGUGCUAAACUUGAGCAGAGAAGACAAGCUGAUCUGAGAAGGAACCUGCGGUCUGGACUUGGUAGUCUUCCACAGCCCAAGAAUGAGUACCAGAUAGUUAUCCAACCCCCUCCAGAAGAUAAUGAUGAAGAACCAGAGCAGAGGAUUGAAGAAGACAUGUCUGAUAGGCUAGCCAGAGAGAAGGCUGAGGAAGAAGCACAGCAGCAGGCAUUACUACGGAAAAGAUCAAAAGUGCUGCAGAGGGAGCUCCCCAGACCACCUGCUGCAUCAUUGGAGCUUAUUAGAGAUUCUCUGAUAAGAACUGAUGUGGAAAAGAGUUCUUUUGUUCCUCCUACUUCAAUUGAGCAGGCUGAUGAAAUGAUAAGAAAGGAGCUUCUGGCCUUGCUGGAACAUGACAAUGCCAAGUAUCCACUUGAGGAAAGACCAAGUAAAGGGAAAAAGAAAGGAGUCAAGCGCUCCACAAAUGAAUCUGUCCCUGUCAUAGAGGAUUUUGAAGAAGAUGAAGUUAAAGAGGCCGAUUCUUUGAUAAGAGAGGAGGCUGAGUAUCUUCGUGUGGCAAUGGGGCAUGAAGUUGAAACACUUGAUGAUUUUGUUGAAUCACAUAAUACCUGCCUAAAUGAUCUUAUGUACUUCCCUACUCGUAAUGCAUAUGGUCUCUCUAGUGUUGCUAACAAUAUGGAGAAACUUGCAGCACUCCAGACUGAGUAUGAUAAUGUGAAGAAGAAGAUGGAUGGUGACAAGGUGAAGGCAGAAAGCCUUGAGAAGAAGUUCAAUGUUCUCACACAGGGUUAUGAGGACCCAGAGAUUUGAUCUACACUUUGAGGAACCCAAAGUCCAGGGUAUAGAGUACUGACUUCUACUAUCAAUUUGUGAAAUCCACGUGUUUGUUAGGUUACUUCUUAGUAGUUAGUUUGUGCUCCAGGACUUCUGCAGUUAUAAUGCGAACUUCUCUUUUGCUUUCUCUUACCCCAUUGGUCCAUCUGGUUUUGAUGUAUGCAGCAAGAAAUAGCUAUUCCCUUCAAAACUUCCAUACCAUUUCUAGGUUUGAACUUGGACAUCAAACUAAGUUGUUUUAAUGUUUUAUGGCCAAAACCAUUCUGGUUUCUCUCAAGGGAUUUUUCUAGUACCACUUUGUGUAUGGGAAUGUUAAAAACUUUUAGAUUUUGAUGAUUUGCAAGCACAGGUCAUAAAUUCCAAAUAUUUAACCAUUGAUGAUUGAAGUAUUUUGUAUGGAACACAUGUUGAUUACAAUGUCUAAUACAGUGAAUAAUGGAAUUCUUUAGAUUUCAUCCAUUUUAUUAGUUGUAUAUUUGCUUCUUUUUAUGGCACUUCUUUAUGACUGAACUUCAUAGUUUUUUAACUUAUUGAUACUUUGGAUUAUCAGAGACGGGCUGCGACCCUGUGGCGUCAAAUUGAGGCAACCUUUAAGCAGAUGGGCACUGCAGGAACUGAACUGGAAUGUUUUCAAGCAUUGCAAAAGCAAGAGAAGCUGGCAGCCAAACACAGAAUAAAUGAUCUCUGG